AAAGCUUUAUCGUUGUUUAGCGUAAUGCGUAAACUACUUAAACACUGAAGUAUGAAAUAAUGUCGAAACCACAAAUUUACACAAUUUAUUAUUACCGUUCUGAGCUUCUAUAUAAAUUAGAGGGACGAUUUUCGAUCAAAUAAAAUAGCUUAUAAUUAAUUAAAAAUUUGCCGUUUUUGUCAUAAUAUUACCUAUCUACCAGUUUGUCGAUAAGACACCGUAAGUAUUUAUUUAUCGACCACCUCCAAUAAUAUUAUUAUCGCUUCUCGCGUUUAAAUUGACGUAAGUACAGUCGUUACGCGAAUCAAGCAAAAAAAUAAAAAACUCGUUACUCAUCUUAUAAAAAGUUUGGUCGCUUACAAUACCGCUCUAACUCAUCCUGUACCUACCCAAUAUACGACUAAUAUUACGACCACCCGUAUCUACUGCAAAAUAUUUACAUAAUGGACCAGUGGAAACGUGGAAACGCGAUCGUCACAGGCGCGGGUUCGGGCAUAGGAGCUGCCACGACAGUUGAGUUGCUCCGACACGGCGUAAAUGUAAUUGGAUUGGACGUUCAGUCGGCAAAGCUCGAGGAACUAGCAAAUUCGUUAAAAGAUAACACGAAAAAUGCUACGUCGACUCCAGAAGGCAGCAGUCAGCGAGGGAUUUUCUAUCCUAAGACCUGUGACAUUACCGACGAACAAGCAGUACAGGAUGUGUUUGACUGGGUGAACGCUGAGCUCGGUGGUGUCAGCGUGUUGGUCAACAACGCUGGUAUCAUAAUGCGGAGCAGUCUGUUGGACGGUACGUUGAAAGACUGGAAGUUUUUCAUGAAUAUCAACGUAUUGGCGCAAUGCGUAUGUUCGAGAGAAGCGUACCGAUCGAUGUCUAAGAACAAUAUUAAUGGGCACAUCAUUCAAAUUAACAGUAUUGGCGGUCAUUCCAUCACACCGUAUUACGCUCAUAAAAUGUACAAUGCUUCUAAAACGGCCAUCACGGUGCUGUGCGAAGGUCUUCGGCACGAACUAAGUCUCGUCAAUUCAAAGAUUAAAGUAUCGAGCAUCAGCCCAGGAAGCGUGGAUAAUACGGAAAUUUUCAACACCGCUAAAUUCAAACCUUCUUCUCAGGUUGUAAGUUCAAGACCAGCUUUGACACCGGAAGAUGUAGCAGCCAUGGUGAUUACUACGUUGGAGACGCCUCCUCGUGUUGAAGUUUGUCUUAUAAAUAGCAGAACUGAUAGUCAUUCCUACCGGUUCAACCAUACAAUCUCACGGAAAUCCUCGCCCAGUAAAUUUAUCUGAUAAAUAAUUACAACUCUAAAGUCAACCUAGCCAAUCUAUACAGCCAUAUAGGGGUUAAUUCAUGUCAACUUAGUUUAUAUUAGAUUCCACUCAAAAUGAAAGAUGUGUAUUUCUUACUCGAAGAGUGCACACUGAAUAAUAAAUAUGUUUAUAUAAUAUAUUGUACGUAAUAUUAUAAAUAUGAAAUAACUAGAAAUAAUAACAAUUGUUAGUUAAUAAUAAUAUUGUAUAACAAGUUUUAAAAUUAAAAAUUUAACUUAAAA